AUGGAAUCUUUGGCAACAACCAUUCGUCACGCCGAAAUGCCGAACAAGCUGAAAUGUCGAAUGACCGUCAUCGGAACCGGAGACUACACUAUCUACUGCGGUGAUGCUGAUGAAGGGAAGAGGGCUGCGGGUGUCAGGAUGCGUUUGUGUAUGACUGGGGGGAUGAAGAAGCGAGGUCUUAAACUAUGGAUCCUAAAGGCUCGUGCACCUACAGAAAUCGCUAAGGACAACAAUAAGGACGCCUUCUAUGAUGAACUCAAUGCGUUGAUGUCUUGA